AGAGUCGGGAGUUUGUGAGCCUUAGCAUCAGCACUAUCGAUCUUCUACGCAUGCGCAGAUGCACUGUAACUGUGCGAAACUUUAAAUGCGCAUGAGCAGAAGAUCGAUAGUGCUUUGAUGUUCGAUGUGGUACAAACUCCCUUAUAUUAUUUGUUAUUGGUCGUGGUGAUUCGCCUGUCAUUGGUCGAUGAACGAACUUGCGCAGCGGAAAGCGUGAAUGCUUGUAGUGGUGUCGAGGAUCUGUCAAAACGGGAGUGAGGUUAUGCAGUGUCACGCCUAUGUCGAAUAUGUCUGACUGUAUUAAGCAUACAUUCUUAAUAUUCUCAUAAAAAAUCUUAUCGUACGUGUGGUUUUUAAGAAGUCUUCAUUUCGAACGGAAACAAUCUCACAACCAUGGCUGAUACAUUCCAAGUCGUGACAUCUGAUUUUCUCAAUGUUACAAUUACUAUUUCCCAUCAUAAUUCUCAAUGUAUUGAAAAGAGAUUUCAGAAAGGCAUAACAAUUGCCGAGUUGAAAGGAAAACUUGAAUUACUAACUGGAGGAUGUUCUACCACUAUGAAAAUUGAAAUAUAUAAUAAAGACGACGUUUUAGUUUGUAGUCUUGAUAGUGAUGAUGCUCUUCUUGGGUCAUACCCAGUUAAUGAUGGAAUGCGCAUGCAUGUAAUUGACAAGUUUGUUUUACAAAGUGAAAUGGAUGACCUUUCUAAAACGGAAAAAUUUGAACUAUCUGAAGAAGACUAUUCCAAGAGAACAGACACAUUGAAAUAUUAUUUGGAACGCAACAGACUGGGAAAAUAUAAUGAAGAAGAAGUUCGAAAAAGAGAAGAGGAAAAAAAGAAGGAAGCCGAAGCAGAAGAAGCAAUUGCAAAAUCUGUAAAAAUUGGAGAUCGUUGUGAAGUCAGAGUUCCAGGUCAACCAGUCAGAAGAGCUACUAUAAUGUUUGCUGGUCAAGUUGAAUUUAAAGGUGGUUGGUGGAUAGGUGUUAAAUAUGACGAACCCUUGGGCAAAAAUGAUGGCUCGGUUAAUGGCAAAAGAUAUUUUGAGUGUUCACCCAAAUAUGGUGGUUUUGUUAAACCUUCAAAUAUAACUGUGGGAGACUUUCCAGAAGAAACAUUUGAUCUUGAUGAAAUGUGAAGAGUGCUGGAAAUAUUUCAUGAACUUAUCUAACAUUAAAUGCACAAUUGCUUUCGUGACACUUCUGUUUUGCAAAUGUAACAUCGAUCUUAGUGAGACCAUUGGACAGUUUAGGUUCAUCCAGUUCAAUAAAUACUAAUCUUGGAGCUGUUUUUCAUUUCUAACUGUUUAACUUCCCGUAAUGUACAUUUUAUUGAAUGCUUGUAUGAAAUUUUAUGAGAAAAAUGUUAUUACAUAUCUGUAAUUAGUAACCAUUUUUGUGUAUGAUUAUAUGCUUUUUCUGGUAAGAUUUAAAAAAAAUCGUCCUAAAUAAAAUUAUUCUAAACAUUUUGUAAAGA